AUGCUCGCUACAGCAUCCCUCUCCAUGAUGGCCAAGAAGGCACCCCCCAACAAGGUGAUGACGGCAUACGGUGUCUUUCUGACGGCCGCGCUGGCAGUCUACCACUUCAUCGCGAACGGCGAGUUCUCUGCGAUCCUGACAUUGGCAGUCAUCUUCCAGUGCCUGGGCUUCGCUUUGCUCUGUGUGCAGGUUCUGCUCACCGGCACCUGCACUGGCAUCUCGGCCCGCGCUUUGGCGCUGGACGCUUGGGCCUUGUGCUUUCGCCUGUCCUCCACUUUGUGGCUGAAUGGCUACCUGCCGGUGGAUGCCUCUGGCGACUGGGCCUACCAG